AUGGCCGACCCUGGUGGACCGGCAGCAGCAGCAGCAGCAGCAGCAGCAGCAGCUCCUGCCCCUGCCCCUCCUGCUGCUUCCUCCUCCCACAACCCAGCGAUUCCCGUCGGCCUGAACGAAGCUGCCCUCGACUCCCCGACCUUCCGCUGCGCCAUCAUCCACUUCGCCGACCAGAUCGAGCACGCCGAGCGAUGGCUCGAGGGCUACGUGCGGUCCUCGACCAAAGUGUCACAUGACAUCCUCGCCCUCGAGGAGACCAUCAGUGCAUUCCUGCGGCAGAACAUCCCUGCAGGCCUUGACGGGCUCAUCGACCCAGACUAUACCCUGCUCUCACUCAAGCGUGUGGGCGAUGCACAGAAGGACUGGUGGGGUCAGAUCCUCGGCGUGAUGCGGCGCAUGGACGGGCUCGCCGCCGAGCCCAUCAGGAGCUUCUUGGGCGGCGAGCUGCGGACGUUCAAGGAGGCGCGCAAGAGCCUGGACGCCGCCCAGCGAACCUUUGACACCACGCUGGGCCGCUACGUUGCACAGACAAAGACCAAGGAGCCCUCGUCCCUGCGCGAGGAUGCCUUUGCCGUGUACGAGACCCGCAAGGCCUACCUCAAGGCCUCGAUGGACUACUGCCAGCUCGCGCCCCAGCUCCGUUUCACCCUCGACAAGCUGCUCGUGCGCGUGGCAUCUGACGUCUGGAAGGAGAUGAGGCGGUGGCGCGACGUGACGUUCGGGUCCAACAGGUUUGCAGACGAGAUGGACCGCAUCAGGGGCUGGUCCAGAGAGAUGGAGGCCAGCGAGGCCGUGUUCAAACGCGAGCUGCAGGCCGCCAGGCGCGACGUGGGCGAGAACGCUAUGGCCACCUUCAAGCCGUCCAGGGAGCUCGAGGACUACAGCUCGUCGACGGUCCCCUUCCUGGGCUCCAGAGGCCCCAUGAACGUGCAGCCCAAGGACGACAAGGCCGUCAUCUCGGAGAAGCAAGGAUGGCUGUUCCUGAAGACCCUCAGUGGGAAGCCUGCAAGGACGAACUGGAUCAGGCGGUGGUACUACUGCCGCAAUGGCAUCUUCGGAUGGCUGGUCCAGGGCCCUCAGGGCGUGCUCCAGGGCGACGAGAUCGGCGUACUGCUCUGCAACACCCGCCCUGCGGUCGGCGAAGAGCGGCGCUUCUGCUUUGAGAUCAAAACCAAGUCACAGAACAUCAUGCUGCAGUCCGAGACGCAGGCAGAGCUCCAGGAGUGGCUCGAGGUCUUCGAGGUCGCCAAGAAGCAGGCGUUUGACGCCAGCGCAGACCGCGACACCAAGGGACUGACGACAGGAGGUAUUGAUCCGGCCUUCGCCAUCACCCCGCCGACCAUCCCCGAGUUCUCAGCAAAGAGCAUCGAGGGCCUUGAGGAUGGCUGGCACCUCGACAGGAGCGGAACGCUGCCUGUGCCCGGUGUGGACGCCGCACGCGCCAGCUUUGACGUCGGUGGUGUCGGCGCCGCGCCCCGCCGCUCUGUCACGGGCCUCGCACGUGAUAUCGCGCGAGAUCUCCCUCGCGAAGAGGGCGAGUCUGGCAGGGAACACGCCGCACGCAUCAUGCAGAGGAUCGAGCUUCAUAGGAGACAGGCCUUCGGAGGCGGCAGCGAUUCCGCCGGCAUCGCCGGCCUGAUCAGCUCGAGUUCCAACCUCCUGCCGGGCUAUGCGGCCUAUAACGCCUCCGUCACCAACCUGGGAGCGGGCUCUUCGCCCAGGCUGCAGCCCAUCGAGGACAUGAAGCACAGCAGCCUUGCGCCGUCCACACUCGCAAAGGCGCCCACGUCGACCUUCCUCACCAGGGCUGCUGUGUCUGCCAGCGCAGGGAGGACGGUGGGCGGUGACAACCCUCCCACCCUGCCGACAGCUGUGGUCGCAAACUAUUGGGGGAGCAUACCCUGGAGCACCCUGUACUCGUCCAGGGAGGAUGACACAAAGUACCUUAGGCUGGACGAUGACCCCUUGGUCGGUGCCAAUGUUGUUCCUGAGGUCCGGACUCCUCAGAUGGCAGCGGGCGAGAACUUCCCGCCGAGGUAUCCAGGCGAGCUCAAGGCACACCAUCCACAGUUCAGACUGCUUUUCCCCAACGUGCCGCUCGAGGAGAAGCUGGUCAUGGUGUUCAACGCCGCCUGGACGAGCACGGCUGCCGAGGGCUCUACUGUGGCCAGCAAGGGCAUGAUGGCCAACGGCCGCAUCUACGUCACCUCUGACAAUAUGUACUUCUACGGCCAGCAGAUGGGCCUCGUGAUCGCUUACACCCUCAGCCUGGACAUCAUCUCGGAGGUCACUGCGGCGCCAGGCAAGGACUGCGACUACAUCUACCUACACCUCAGCCAGAACAUGAACAAUACCGGCCUCACCAGGAUCAUCAUCAAGACCUUCCUGCUCGACCUAAACCUGCUGCACUCCCGGCUCAAUCUUCUCGUCGACGACCUGCAGUCCGAGGAGCCGAUGAACACCUCGGAGCUCAUCACGGCGCUGACGAACCUAGAGACGGAGCAGUACGAAAAGAAGAGUCCCAGCGCGGAGAGCUGGGAGGAAGUAGCCUCCAACACGCCUAUUGAUGACGGUACUGCCACCGGUAGGCCAGUGUACAGGAACGUGUACAACGCCAGGGACAGAGCAGCGCGCCCAGUGCGCAAGCCGGUGCCGAAAUUCCAGCUCCCCGCACACCCGGUCGUGUACGAGCCAGAGGGCAUGGGCGCGCCAGUGGAAGAGCGCAGCUUCGAGCUCAGCUCCAAGGGCUGCUUCCACGUGCUCUUUGGCGACAAGUCCUUCAUCUUCCCCAAGCUCUACUUUGAGCGGCGCGCCAAGGAGAUCGCACAGGGGCCCUGGGAGCUCAUGGACCAGGGCAAGAUGAGCCGUGAGUUCAAGUUCAAGGUGGGCACGUUUGGCAUCGUCGCCUAUGCAAAGAAGAACGCGGAGAAGGACGUUGUCGACCAGCAGGUCAUCGACGUCUUCAGCGACCACUUCACCUACGUCGUUACCUACAUCAAGACGCCAUGGCACCUCCCGCACUCGUCCUCGUUCAAGAUCAUCACCAAGGUCGUCAUCACCCACAUCGCCAAAUCCAAGUGCAAGCUCGCUCUGUAUACCAAGGUGGAGUGGUCUAAGAAGCCACCCUUGUCCAAGGCACUCGUGCAGCGGCAGGCGCUGGAGGACGCGCGGCGCGAUGCCGAGGAGCUCGCCGACGUGGCGACCGACCAGGUGCGCAAGCUGGGCCCGCACAGCCGCACCAAGCGGGCUAUCCAGGUCUACGGCAACAUCGGCCAGCAGACGCAGGUAGUUAUCUUCACGCCGGGCGAGACACAGGAGGACGGCACGGCCGUGAUGCCUGGGAAGAAGAGCCAGAAGAUGAUCCGGCCGCGCACGCUGACCGAGAUGGUGCUGGAGACGCUGCGGAGUAUCCUGGAGAGCGUGGCGACGAGCCUGCUGAUGUGGACCUUUGCCGGCGUCAGGAAGAUCUUCAGCGUCUUCACGACGCACAGGGUGAUCCUGGCUGCGCUGGCGCUGAGCCUGCUUACCAAUGCCGUCUUCACCGGCCGCGAAGGGUCGAGCUGGUGGACCGAGAGGAACGCGGCCAAGUUCAUGUCUCGCAUCGGCGUGGGGCCCAAUACUAUGAUGAGCAAGGCUGUCUACAUCGCGGACCUGGAGGAAGCGGUGCUGGCGCCCGUGGUCGUCGCUCCAGAAGGGGCCAGUGAAUGUUACGACACCUUCCGUUCCAUCAUGAACAAUACCUCACUAGACUCGCCAUAUGAAGAGGCUGGUGCCACCCUCUCCUCGGGCAACAGCAAGGCCACAGCACGGCGGCUCCGACGGACGCGGCAGAGACUAGGCUCGUACCGCCAUGAUCUCCUCGUAGCCAUGCGCGUGGUCAACAGCAUCGAGAAGGAAAUGAUUCAGAGCGAGUGGGAGAACUGGCUUCUGGACGAGGACCUGCGGUGUGAGCAGGUCAAGAUGAUGCUGACCGACCACAGCAACAGCAACAGUAGCAGCAGCAGCGUCACGGCCAGCGCUGGUGCUGGUGCUGGUGGUGAUGCGCAGAAGGUCAUGCGGCCCAUUCACGAGAAGAGAAUCGCGUCGCUGAGGCAAUGGCAUAGCGAGUACUGUGGGAGCUGCAGGGUGGAGAAGGACAAAAUCCUGCUGACGAGGAUGAAGAUGGUGGAUGCAUAA